AUGGACGCGCCGAAUCCCAACUCUGCCUCUCUGCAGAAGAUGUACCGAGGCGACAGCGCCACCCUAAGUCUUUCGUACGUUAAGGACAAGAGGUCAGUGGAGGGCCUUGCAGACUUCCUGCGCAGAGCAGAUGUGCGGGUCGUUAACAUUAUCGAUCCUGAGCACCCCACGAUAUUCGUGCGCAUAUUGGAGGAACUUGCGUUAGUCAGUAACGCGCUUCAGGUACUGCACAUUGACCUCUGGUCGAACGGCGAUCCGGAGCUGAUUGGCCUCAUUGGCCGCGCGCUGAAGGCGCACGGCGAUACCCUACUCGAGGUGUCAUUGAAGUGCCGCUUCGGCUCCAAGUUCCUGGCGCAGCUACUGCCGGCGAUACCCACCUGCGUCGAGGUUUUGGACCUUUCGGAGAACAUCUUAUCUGACGGCGCCUUCCUGCCGCCGUUGGUGGAUUUCGUGAAGUGCAGUGAUAUCCGCAUACUAAAGCUCACCAACUGCUCCCUCCGCGGCCAGGCGCUCGACCAGCUGGUUGCGAGCAUCACUUCCAACCUGUGCCCGAUAUCGCUGGGCGCUAUAGAGGGCGUCGAUCUGACGGCUUGUGAGGAAAUCCCGAAGAAUGUGCGGGCCGUGUUGCGCGACCCCCCGACCAAGACACGUAAGGACCACAUGGGUUAUUCCGAUCUAGGCACGCAGCCGCAGCGAGACUCGAACGUUCAGUUCCUCGACUACAUCAAGAGCACGCUUCUUAUGAAUCGCCUUGUUGGCUGCCGGGUGCGCGUGUGGUGGCCAGCCACCUCAGACGAAAAGCGCAGUGCCUUCUCCGGGCGUUUCUGGCCUGCGAAGGUGCUGCGGGUGAACCCCAUAGACAUGAUAUUUGUGGUGGAGUACGACAACCAGGAGGUGGACCGCGUGCCGUGCAGGCUUAUCCAACCGGAGUCCGCAUUUAUUUAUGGUGGUGGCCUGAAUCAGAACUUCUUGCGGUCGAUUUUUGGAGUCAAUUACUUCGACCAUCUCUCAAGGGAGCUGAAUUUGAGACCCAGAGAAGUGCAGAUCAUCGGCGCCAACCCGUCUGCUGUGCAGAAGCCGGAUUCCAUAUCAUCGAUGAUACAGUCGGGAGUCGAUCCCUUGACGUCUUUGUGUACCGACGUGGAUAACCCUGUAAGCCUUAAUCUCAGCGUGGGGCCCUGCGACACCCCGUAUUAUUCUGGACCCACGUCGUCGACAAGCUGGCCUCUGCAGAUGGAGGGCGCGGUUAGUUCCACUGGAGACUCUGUCAGCAAGAACGACGGUGGAGCACCCGCUCCGGUCUUGUCGGGCGACCAGAUGUACCACACGCCCAUCUCCACCCUGGGUCAGCAGGCAACCGAAAAACGAGCGCCCUUGGAGGACACUGAUCACUACAGUAUCCUCGCGCGCGUAACCAAGGCUAUGAAGUCAGAGAGCCACAAUACUCUGGAUGCCGCGUUCAAAACACCCGAGCAGGGGAAUGCCCCAAGCAAUGUUGUAGCGGAGACUCCGGAAAAAUCAGAGCGCAAUGCGCCAGCGUCAACGCCCGUUGCCAGCACCGGCACCAAGACCCCAGCAGCGACCAAGAAGGUAACCCAGGGCGAGGCCGGUCUUCUGCCGAGCAAGGAGCACGACUUCAUCCGCAAGAUGCUUGACGAGCUGACUGAGGCCAAUAACCGCCGUGGCACCGACGUCAUCUUCCCGAGAGAUUUAACCCACCUUGCUAACAACUCUGCCAUCAACAUUGAGACCAUGGCGGGCCUCGACAUCUCGCUGAGCGGUAACGUGCUGCAGCCCGGGGAUGUUUGCGAGUUCAGGGACCCGCUGGAUUCAGAAGGCACCGACCCUUCUGACUAUAUUGGUGUUGUAAAGGAGGUGAACGACAAGGAGCCAAUGUACAAGGUUAUUUGUAUCUACCAGGACGACGAGGAUGUUGUCGAUCUCGACAGCAACGACGUGCGCCGCCCUUCGCUGAUUCCGUGGCAUUUGUGGGUUGCCCUUCUGAUGAACGUGGAGCGCCACGGGCUGCUGUUCAAGAGUCUGAGCGACCACACUAAUUUGCAUUAUGCGAUGGCUGACUGCUUUUUCUGCCCCAAGAGGCUUGAUCCUGACAAACCCUUCAAAGGCACCCCGCCCAACCCGCUCGAAAUGCAACUCCAAAGCAUGACUGAGUACGCGGCUGUGGUAAAAAGUUUCUCCAGUACGCACCCCAGGAUAGAGAAGGAAAAUCAAAGGCGCAAUCGUGAUCCCGACAGCGUCGAGGGGUUGCGCUACCAAUUGCGGAAGAGUCAGCAGAAGAUGGAUACGCUGCUCGAGCUGUAUGAAGCGGCGCGCCAGGAGUUGGAGCAGGAGCGCGAGGUGAACCUCGAAUUGCAGGCAAAAUUGAACUGUGUAGUUUGUUUUGAGAAGUAG